AUGGCGCAAGGAUACACCCACGAGCCGGCCUAUGAAACCGGCCAUCUCAAAGUCGGCUCGGUUCACGAGAUCUACUACGAGCAGUACGGAAAGAAAGAUGGGCUUCCUGUCAUCUUCUUACACGGCGGUCCGGGCGGCAACACGAGCCCGGGGAACGCCAAGUACUUCAACCCGGCCGUAUACCGGGUCGUGCUGAUGGACCAGCGCGGGGCCGGCAAAUCGCGGCCCAGGAACGAGCUCCGGGAGAACACGACGCAGCACCUCUGCGACGACAUCGAGGCCCUGCGCGAGCACCUCGGCAUCGCGAAGUGGCACAUGGUAUUCGGGGGGUCGUGGGGCUCUACGCUGGCGCUUUACUACACGCAGAAGCACGCCGACUGCGUCGGGAGCAUGUCCGAGAUACGGUUUAAGGGCGAGCACGACCAGCCGGUACCCGCGGAGUUCUUCCCGAUGGAGUGGGAGCGGUUCCUCUCGCACCUGUCCGAGGACGAGCGGCGCGGCGAUCCCAUGGAGGCGUACUAUCGGCGCAUCACGUCGUCCGACCCGGCGGUACGGGAUCCGGCGGCGCGGGAGUGGAAUCCAUGGGGUAUGUCGAUCAGCGCACUGCGGCAGGAUCCGGCCGACUUUGCCAAGCUGGAUGAUGAGGAGUGGUGUCUGACGCACGCGUUGUUCGAGUCGCAUUAUCUGUUCAAGCACAGCGGGUGGAUGGAGGACGGCUAUCUGCUGCGGCCCGAGAACAUGGCCAAGAUCGGGGAUGUGGCCGGGGCUAUUGUUCAGGGACGGUAUGACUUGCUGUGUACGCCGAAGACGGCUUGGGAGGUGAGCAAGAAGUGGCCCAAGGCUGAGCUUCACUGGGUCGACGAUGCGGGACAUUCGGCUGGCGAGCCGGGGACUACGGCGAAGCUUGUCGAGGCUUGCGAUUCUUUGGCGAAGAUAUAG